CCCCCAAAAAAAAAAAACCCACCGGAAAUUCCCGCCACUUGCAAGAAGCUUCUACGGCACGCUGGUUCCCUAUAGAUGCCACUUCGCCCGUGAGACCGUGCAACUGAUAUGGCCACGCACCAGUAACAAUGGAAGCGCGCACAAGAUUGCUCAAACGCAGAAAGCCCCUCUCCGAUCUUACCAACACCGACUCUCACGCCCUUCCUUCUUCCCAUUCCUCUUCCUCCACCGCCUCUGUCGUCAAGCCCUCCAAACGCCACCCUCCUUCUCCCUUCAGUAACCCUGCUCUCACCGAACGCAAGUCCGGUUCCCGCACUCGUUCCUCCAAUAAUUCCACCGGUCGCCGUCAAGUUUCUUCAAACCCUAGCGAUCUUUCGCCUGUUGUUUCUACACCUUCUCGGCUGCCGCAUUCUUCCUUGCUUCCUGGUAGCCAUGAUCAUGAUGUUUCGGAGCCUAUCUCUGUGGUCUACAGUCGAAGAAAUGCAUCAGAAAAAAGUAAAGGGAAAGAGAAGGCAGUUGCUGUUCCUUUCAGCAGUACACCCAUGCCAAAGGCCUCCAGCAGCAGGAAGCAAAACCUUGAGAUUGAAGUUGUGAAUCGUCAUAAAGCCAAGGCAUUAACAGCUCCUUGUAGAAAGAAGCGUUGCACUACGGCUUCUAAACAAGAUGUGUUCCAGCAUGCCAUGCCACAAGAUUUUAUUGAAAAACAGCAAGCCUACUUUAAAGAGAUUGAUGACUUUGAACUCCCAGUGGAGGAGGUUGAAUCUGCUGAUGAGCUCGAUUGAGUGGAAGAGAUGUAAUAUAAACGAAGCCAGUUUGAAUGUUUAGGUCGGUUGUAUAGUUCGGAUAUUAUAGUUUUCAGAAUGAUGUGACGACCGGUUCUCUAACCUAAUAUAGAAAUGGAAGUUUUACGUGAUUUUUGUAGUAGUCUGCUUUGUAAAAUCAGAGCUGAAAUUCAGAAAUUUUGACGCAUACAUUUGUUUCAGAUAGCCUUUUGGAAGUUUUAACUUUCGCUAAAUUAUUCUAGUGUGACUGUAUUCCUGCAAUUGAUGAAUUUGCAGUCGUGAGUGCUUGUUCUAA